CUGGAGAACGAAGAGGUAAAUUUGACUAUAACCGGGCGAUCAAAUUUUACUGCACCUCAAUUCAACCCCGUCACUAGCAGAGGUCUGUCAAAAUGCUGUAUGAAGCUUCAAUCGUCCUCCUCGCUGGAGUUGUCAUCCUUGCCUAUGGUGUUGAAUUCAUUUUCAAUCAAUUUGAUGACCCGCGGGAGCCCCGCCGAAUAACGCCAAAAGUGCCGGUGCCCGUCAUUGGCCAUAUCCUAGGGGUUUUUCGUUAUGGCUUUAACUACUAUAGUCUUCUGAGUAAGAACACGGACGCAGAGAUUUACGCCCUUGGGAUUUUAAACUUUAAAGUGUAUAUUACUCAAACCACCCGGCUCACUCACCUGGUUCAAAAGUCAAAGGCAUUAUCUUUCACGCCGUUUCUUAAAGUUCCUAGUACGGUUGUGAGCAAAGAUGCACAUGCCUUAUUUGAUGGAAGUCUUCUGGAGAGCUUCAGCCUCCGCACGAAAGAGGCGCUGACACCAGGUCCUCAUUUGGAUAUGCAAAACCUUAGAAUGGCCCAUCAACUGCUCAUACAUGUGACGGAAAUGGUACAACAGAGUGAAGUGGAUUUAUUCCACUGGGCAAAGCACGCCAUUGUACAGGCAACGGCCGCGGGUUUGAUUUGGGAGGAGCGUAGACCUGGUCAAAUGCUAGGGCUAGAUCUCUUCUACAAAGGCUACAGAGCUCGGGCCAAAGUUUUUGAUGCUUUCCGCAAAUAUUUCAAGCAUAUACCUGACGACGUCUCCUAUUUGAUACUACAGCGCCAAAAGCUUCUCCGCGAGGGUGGUAUCCCUGAAGAGGACACCUACAAGAUGCAAGCUACCCUUAGCAAUGCAGCAUAUCCCAAUACAGUCCCCACACUCUUCUGGACUGUUCAUGAGAUCUACUCUCGCCCUGAGCUCUUGGAAGUUAUCCGUCAGGAGUUGUUAGAUAAAGCAGUGGGGAAGUCCGAUGAUGGCACUGGAUUUGUUCUCGAUAUUGCUGCUCUCCAGACGGAAUGCCAUAUCUUGUUAUCAGCUUAUCAGGAAACGCAACGUACAAGACACUCACAGGUAGCUUGGCGCAUGGUCACAGAAGAUACUCUUUUGGACCAAUAUUUACUCAAGAAAGGAAACUAUCUCCAGAUGCCCGUGCGACCUGUUCACGAGAGUCAAUCAAUCUGGGGUUCCCAAGCCAACGUGUUUGAUCCCUAUCGGUUUGUGCCAGCAAAGAAUGGCGAAACGAAACCAAAAGUCAUGCCGAGCACCUUCUUACCUUGGGGGUCACCACCUCAUUUGUGUCCUGCUCGUCAGUUUGCCUCCACAGAAAUCCUAAUCGCGGCGGCCUUAUUGAUUUUGCGGGUGCAGUUGACACCGGUGAGUGGAAGGGGUUGGGAGCGGGCGCCGCCGGUGAAGUCGGGGACACCAACCCUGCCACGACCUAAGCAGGAUAUACGUCUCAAAAUCACGACUCGAGAUGAAGGCAAGCAGAGCUGGACUGUCAUGAUAGGGAAGAGCAAAUCCAGGAUAUCCCUGGCAUCUGGAUGA